CGGCGGACGCGCGCCUCAGGCGGCAGCCGCGCAAGAGGGACUUUGUGUUCCUCUGACCCUCCUGGGGGCGCUUCCUCCCGUGCCGCCCUUCCCCUCCCGCGCCGCGUCCUUGCGAGGCGCCUCCCAUUCGGCGGGACCGACCGGGGGAAUGGAGGGGGCACGCUCCUACGGCCCUCCCGGGACCCUGAAGAGACGCCCGCGUGCGACCUGAGACGCCGCCCUCGCCGAGGGCCCAUGGGCGCGUCCCCACGGGCGGGCGGCGGACGUGAGGGCGGCGAGCCGCGGGGUCGCAGCGUCCAGGAGGGCCGCGCUCGGGCUCGGCCCCGGCCCCGCGCAAGCCGCGCGCGCGCGCUCCCGCCGCAGCCCGGGCCGCGCCCGCCCCGCCUCUCCGCGCCGGCCCCGGAGCCCGGUCCGCGAGCGGCGGCGGCGGCCGGAGGGACGAUGAGCUGCGCGGGGCGGGCGGGCCCUGCCCGGCUCGCCGCGCUCGCCCUGUUGACCUGCAGCCUGUGGCCGGCGCGGGCAGACAACGCGAGCCAGGAGUACUACACGGCGCUCAUCAACGUGACGGUGCAAGAGCCCGGCCGCGGAGCCCCGCUCACGUUCCGCAUCGACCGCGGGCGCUACGGGCUGGACUCCCCCAAGGCCGAGGUCCGUGGCCAGGUGCUGGCGCCGCUGCCCCUCCACGGAGUUGCUGAUCAUCUGGGCUGUGAUCCACAAACCCGGUUCUUUGUCCCUCCUAAUAUCAAACAGUGGAUUGCCUUGCUGCAGAGGGGAAACUGCACAUUUAAAGAGAAAAUAUCACGGGCUGCUUUCCACAAUGCAGUUGCUGUAGUCAUCUACAAUAAUAAAUCCAAAGAGGAGCCGGUUACCAUGACUCACCCAGUAGAACUGGAGAGUGCCUCCACCAGCAGAUACAUGAGACUGUCCACUAGCCUUCCUUGCAGGCUCUGUGUCCCAGGCACUGGAGAUAUUAUUGCUGUCAUGAUAACAGAAUUGAGGGGUAAGGAUAUUUUGAGUUAUCUGGAGAAAAACAUCUCUGUACAAAUGACAAUAGCUGUUGGAACUCGAAUGCCACCGAAGAACUUCAGCCGUGGCUCUCUAGUCUUCGUGUCAAUAUCCUUUAUUGUUUUGAUGAUUAUUUCUUCAGCAUGGCUCAUAUUCUACUUCAUUCAGAAGAUCAGGUACACAAAUGCACGCGACAGGAACCAGCGUCGUCUUGGAGAUGCAGCUAAGAAAGCCAUCAGUAAAUUGACAACCAGGACAGUAAAGAAGGGUGACAAGGAAACUGACCCAGACUUUGAUCAUUGCGCAGUCUGCAUAGAGAGCUAUAAGCAGAAUGAUGUCGUCCGAAUUCUCCCCUGCAAGCAUGUUUUCCACAAAUCCUGCGUGGAUCCCUGGCUUAGUGAACACUGUACCUGUCCUAUGUGCAAACUUAAUAUAUUGAAGGCCUUGGGAAUUGUGCCGAAUUUGCCAUGUACUGAUAACGUAGCAUUCGAUAUGGAAAGGCUCACCAGAACCCAAGCUGUAAACCGAAGAUCAGCCCUUGGCGACCUUGCCGGCGACAACUCCCUCGGCCUUGAGCCACUUCGAACUUCGGGGAUCUCGCCUCUUCCUCAGGAUGGGGAGCUCACUCCGAGAACAGGAGAAAUCAACAUUGCAGUAACAACCUUCCCCAGAGCUUCGGCACCCCCAGCAGCAGGGACUUGGAACGUUUGCUCCCCACUGUGCUUCUGCACCCAACAGAGUGCUUUGCGCAUAGUGGUCACUUUUUUCAUCGAAACUCCUUGUCCCCUCGGAGUCUGGUGUAUGAAAGCGAAUUCUCCACAAUCGAACCUUCUUUGGACAUCAUCCGUUUUGGAAGAAUGGCAGCACUUUCCAAGCACAGGUUGGGGUUCAGGGUUAAUUUGCAAAGUUCCCCAAGGUGAGGCAUUGAGGACGGUAGUAUUGCCCAGGUGAGCCUUGUGGUAUUGAAAACCCGCCCAAGCUGAUCAUUGAAGGUGGGCGCCCAGCAAGCCUGGCUGUUUGCAGAGAAGAGGCUGGGCCCAGGAUUAACGUUGCAUUGGAGACGCAUCUCUGAACACUCACAUGCUGUUCUGUGCCAGGGAAGCUGGGGUUUUUAACAUCCUUUUGUGGUCCCUGCUUACAACGCGUACCUCCCUGUGGGAGAAGCUUCCUACCCGUGUGGAGUGCAGGUGCUGCUCCCUGACUGGCUCUGGAUGCUCCCCUCUCGCUUAUUCUACUUCCUGCUGAAGGGCCUCUUCUAAAGGGGGUUGAGAGAAGGCCUUGCCUUUGUAUCUCCUCUGAGACUGACCACCCACUUCCUGCCAGGGCAGGGCUAUGGGAGACGCAGGCCGUGGGGCCGGGUCUGUGUGCGGGGCCAGGCAGCCAUCUGCAUUGCCAUUUUCCAGCCUCCAUGUCGAGCAUGACGUAAAGUGACAAGUGUUUAUGUCAGCACAGAAACACUGAAGGCCCUUCCAUCCUGCAGCCUGUGGACAUUUCUACUCGGCCACCCCUGAGUAGAGGGAGUGUGUGUAUAGGGAGGUGGCACCCAGGAGCCCAGCCCAGCAGUGUCUCUGGGCACAGUGAUUUCAGGGGGGGUGGCCAGCAGUUGUGAAAAACAGAAUGAUCUGGAAUGUCUCAUUGGGAAGACCAAACCCCCUUCUUGCUGCAGGUGCCAGAUAAGCUCCCACCUUCAGUGUCCACUGUGCAGCCCAGUCCCCUCCACCAGUCCCAGCAUAGCAUGAAAAGGCACAGGAGCACCAGCUGCCGGGCUUACUGGACAGGGUGCAGCAGCCCGCAUCCCAGGCCAGCAUCCGAGGCAUCAGGGACAUGCAGGAUCUUCCCACACACCUGGGAUGACAUCGAAUUAACAUGAUGAGAAAAUUGCAUCUUGCGAGGAAUCCCAGUCCAGAACCACCACGGGCAAAUUUGUAAAACGAAUCUGCACACCCUCUUUGCAAAAGGACACACCUGAGUUGAGUCUGCCUGUCCUCACUGGUAUGAGCUGCGUGGGGGCGGGAGGCGCACAGAGCCUGGCUGUGAGAAGAGGAACCUCAGUCUGCACAUCCCUAGGGUCAGAUCUGAUGGCAAACCAAGCAGAUGCGUGAAUCCCCCGCCCUGUUCUCACUGACUGUGGAACAUGAAUUUGAAGUGGACACUUGCCAUUUUUCCACGUGCAGCUUCUCCCAAAGUGUCUUUUCUCGUGACGUGUCAGUAACAUGCCUCAGACACAGGUGUGCCUGAAAGAAACCUGCAGAGCCCCGGAUGGGGACAGCCUUCAGGAGCGUUGUCAGAGAGCGAGCAGUGGCAUUUCAUUUUCGCUCGUUUGAGACUAGAAUGGUGCAGAUUUUAAAGGUCUUGGCGGCUUUUGUGUUUUAUCUUUUACCAAGGGCUUUGGGUUUUUUUUUUUUUUUUAUUUACGAUAGUCUUUGUACUAUAAAAGUAUUUUCAAUGAGCAGCUUCAAUAUAGCAUCGUUCAAAAAAACAGGUUUCCCCAUUGGGCUCUCAGAGACAGGAUGAGUCUACAGGAGGCUAGAACCCAUUUGCUGGAGGUUCCAGACACGCGCCUGCAUUUAUGUGUGUUUGGCCCACCUGAGAGAUCGGAGAGCUCAGUUCUGAUUGUUGCCAUGUUGUCUUUACCACCUCCUUGUCUUCCCAAACCAAAACUCAGACCCCAAUGUAGCUUUUUCUCCUGAUUUCAGGUCCCACCAAGGUGUACACAUUAAAUUCCACUCAAGACAGUUUCUUUACUGAAAAGGUAUGAAAUUACUUGAGAAGAAAUAAAAAGUUCAGGCCCCUAGAAUCUGUCUAUUAAUAUAACAUGUGAAUUUCUGGGAAAUCUGGGGCACACAUUCGCUGUAGAAUAACCACGGAGGCAUUCCUUGCAGGGGAGCAUCCUCAGAACCGUGCUAUGGACCCUAGCUCGACACCCUUUUCUGGAAAAUCGGGGUCACUCUCUGGCUCAGCUACAGAAUGGCCUGUCUUUGUCAGGAGGGACACUAACUUCUCAUUAAGGUCAUGCUCUUCAGGAAUAGAGGAAAAUUUGGUUUUUGGUUUCCGGGUUUUUAUUUUUAUUUUUGUUUUUGUUCUGAGACAGGGUCUCUGGCUCUGCCCCCCAGGCUGGAGUACAGUGACGCAACUUCGGCUCACUGCAGCCUCCACCUCCUGGGCUCGAGUGAUCCUCCCACCUCAGCCCACCGAUUAGCUGGGACCACAGGCACGCGCCACCACAGCCAGCUAAGUUUUGUGUUUUCUGUAGAGAUGUGAGACUUCACCAUGUUGCCCAGGCUGUCUUGAAUUCCUGGGCUCAAGCAAUCCGCCCCCACCUCGGCCUCCCAAAGUUCCAGGAUUCCAGUUGUAAGUCACCAUGCCCGGCCAAGAAUGGCUUUUCUUUUUUAAUCCCAAAUAACAGCCUCUUCACUAGCUGCUAUGCUGGGGGAAAUCCCUGCUAAGUCGGGACCCUGGCAGGAAGCGGUCGGGGCUGCUUGUCCGGCGAGCACUGUGAGGUCACACAUCGCCACAUGGGCAGCGCUGCCCUGAGGCACCUGGGGAGCAGCGUUCUACCUGCUGCGGGUGUGAGGGGGUGGAGAGAGUGAGUGUCUCAGUUCUCGCAAGUCUUGCCACCAGCAGUGGUUAUUAGGAAAUGUAUGAUAACCUCAGUCAUUGUUGAGGGGGAACUAUUUGAAGUAAGGAAGAGGCUGAGGAGUCAGCUAUUUACACCACACACCCACCCCCCUGCCUCCAGUGGACUGCUGUGAGCUGGGCCUGUGCCAGGUGAGCAGAACCAUGGGCAUGUCUGGCAGGAUGAGCAAGUCUAGGGCCAGGGCAGCCAUCAGCAUCCUCUGGGAGUUGGUUGUGACUAUUGAAAUGCAAAUGCUUAAGCUUUGGUGAUUUUUUGUUUGUUUGUUUGUUUUUGAGAUGGAGUCUCGCUCUGUCGCCCAGGCUGGAGCACAGUGGCUGGAUCUCGGCUCACUGCAAGCUCCGCCUCCCGGGUUCACACCAUUUUCCUGCCUCAGCCUCCCGAGUAGCUGGGACCACAGGCGCCGCCACCUCGCCCGGCUAAUUUUUUGUGUUUUUAGUAGAGACGGGGUUUCACCGUGUUAGCCAGGAUGGUCUCGAUCUCCUGACCUCGUGAUCCGCCCGUCUCGGCCUCCCAAAGAGCUGGGAUUACAGGUGUGAGCCACCGCGCUUGGCCAAGCUUUGGUGACUUUUAACAUCCUAAGGGAGGAGCUGCCCAUAGUAGCCCUCCUUUCCUGUUAUUCCAGGGGGACGGGAGGCCAGACAGCCAGGGCUUCCAGCGCAGGAGGUGGAGCUCAGCAGCCAGUUGUGGUGGUGAGCAUGUCUGCCCAGGGCUGCCUGCUCUGCCCUCCUCUUGGGAAGACAAGCUCUGCCUCCAGCUAAAAACUCCUCACAAUCCUGAUGAGCCUUGCUUUUGCAGAUAGGCCCCAUCUCCCAGCUCCCCUGGUGGUCCUCAGGCCUGGCUGAGAAGCACAUCCACAAGGCACUGUCUUGAGCACUGGUCUGGCACCUGCCAGCCUCCGUGAUGUGGCAGCAGCCCCAGCUGCCAGUGAGUCUGAUGAUAUUUGGAAAAGUAUUUUUUAAAAUGGAAAAGUAUUUUUUAAAAUGAGAUUACUGAAUUUUACAAACUUGACAUUUUCUAUUGGCUUUAGAAGCUCUUCUCAUGUUUUUAUUCCCCUCACAUCCAAUCCAUUCAUUGAGCUACAUGCUAAAUCAAAUUGGUUUUUUUAUAUUUUUAUUUUUUUAGAGACAGGAUCUUGCUCCGUCGCCCAGGCAGGAGUGCAGUGGCACAAUCAUGGCUCGCUGCAGCCUUGACCUCCUGGGCUCAAGUGAUCCUCUCACCUCAGCCUCCCCAGUAGCUGGGACCACAGGCUCAUGCCACCCACGCCUGGCUGAAGCUAGUUUUAACUGAAGAAAAAUCAAAGUGUUCUCUUGCUGUUAACCUUUAUUAUUGAGGCAUUGGCUGUGCUGUAGGAAAACAAGGAGGUGACGUUAAUGUCAGUGGUUGACAUUAACCGCUGGCAAGUGGCAAUGCGGUUCCUUGACAAGUGGUUGCUGCUCUUAAAUGUCAGGAAACAAAAACACUGAUUUUAGAGAUGUAGAAUGUAGAAAGAAAAGAGUGGGGUUCUACAGUUAAUAUCAUCAGCAGACUUUUAUUAAGCUUUCAGUCUGUGCAAACACAUAUACUUGAAGUUGGGGUGAAUCCGUGACCAUUAAAAUUUUGGCUGUUCUAGACAAUGGGCACAUUAUCAACCAACUGGGCUGUGAGAGCAAAUGAUAAGAGGGUGAAUCUGGAUGAGGAGGGACUUCCAGGGCACAGGCGAAGGAGAGGCGUUGCAGCCAUAGACAGGCCCAAGCGAACAGUCAAGAGAAGGCAAGGACAGUGGCCAGGAGGCAAGGACAGCACUUCCUGGGCAGGGACCGCUUGCCAGGGGGACCAGACUCCUGUCUCUGGAAAGAAAAGGAGCCGCACUGGGGGUCAGGGAGGCUGGGCACGGCCCCGGCCUGGGAUGCCAGUCCUGCCUGGGGCCCAAGGCAAAGGGGAGGCAUUCACAGACCCCACCCCAGGCUCUGACACCAAGUGGAAGAGGAAGGAGAUUGAGGCAGAAACCUGGGCUUCCAGGCCUGGUGCCCGGGUGGGUGUCGAUGGGACCCAGGGAGAGUCCUGUGGGGAUACUUCAGGUCUGGGCUGGCAGGGGCUCUGGAAGGAGGCAUGGAGGUGCGAACCUGGUGGCCAGUGGAGGUGCAGUGGGGGUGAGGUGGCCAGGGUGCAGACCCCUGCAUCAGACCGCCUGCAAAGCUGUGUUUAUUUAUUUAUUUAUUUAUUUAUUUAUUUUGAGUCAGGGUGUCACUCUGUCAUCCAGACUGGAGUGUGGUGGCGCAAUCUCAGCUCACUGCAAGCUCCAUCUCCCAGGCUCAAGUGAUUCUCCUGCCUCAGCCUCCUGAGUAGCUGGGUUUACAGGUGCAUGCCACCACACCCAGCUAAUUUUUUGUAUUUUUAGUAGAAACGGGGUUUCACCAUGUUGGCCAGGCUAGUCUCAAACUCCUGACCUCAAAUGGUCCGCCCGCCUCGGCCUCACAGAGGCUGGAAUUACAGGUGCGAGCCACUGCACCGGCCUGUUUCUGAAUUUUUUUAGAGACAAGAUCUCACUCUGCUGCCCAGGCUGGAGUGCAGUGGUGUAAUCUCGGCUCACUGCAGCCUCGACCUCCCGCGCUAAAGCGAUUCUCCCCCCUCUGCCUCCCGAGUAACUGGGACUACAGGCGCGUGCCACCACACCCAGCUAAGUUUUAAAAAAAGAUUUUUAGAGACGGAGCUUCUCCAUGUUGCCCGGGCUAGCCUCAAACUCCUGGGCUCCAGUGACCCUCCUGCCUUAGCGUCUCAGAGUGCUGGGAUUACAGGCGUGAGCCACCACGCCCGGUCAGAAGCUGUGUUUUAAGUGGACGUGCCAUCUUGUCCUGCUGAAGUAUCUCCAUGUAAUCACAAUAUCUAUGGCACCCAAAUCUCCUCCUUCUUUCUCCCUCCCCAACACACCCCCACAGGUAUGCACACACUGACAUGCGCUGGAGGCAGAAUCUCCCAAGGGGGGCUGGUCAGGAGAGGUGUCCCUGAUUUCAGAUGGAGGUGGAAGCCAGAGUGGGGCUGGACCCGCCCAGUGACAUGAGGAUGGGGCUUGGGAUAAAGCCCUGGGGACACUGACAUUUAAAGUGUGGACAGAAGGCGCUACUGAAGGCAAUGGAUGUAGAAAAGCAAUUGAGUACGAUUUCCGUCUUCAGAACGGCUGUCCAGCCAGCUCUCACUUCCUGUCCUGUGUUCAGUGCCACCCGGAGGCAGAGUUUAAUGUGACUAAAGUCAACAUUGGCCACAUUGUCAGUGAGUGUGGGGAGAUGAGUAAGGGCUCCUCGCAGGGCGAUACCCACAGCUGAAAAUAGCGCCUUCCCCUCCCAGGUCUGGUGAGAGCAGUUGUUACAUAUGAAGGGCGUGGAGUCUGGUCUUGUAUUUUGGCCUUGUUGGUAAAGCAUUCCAAAGCUUCGACACACCCUCCUUUUAACCCAUUAGGAAAGGCUGUUGAUUGUAAUCUUCACGUGGUGCCCUGGGCUAUGGUGAAGAGCCUUGCAGAAGAACUGGGAGAAGCCCUACAUGGAUUUGAAGUAUUGUAGCAUCAGAAAAUCACACUGGAAGAAGGCAGGUGGGGACAAGGUGCCUGUGUCUGCUCCUUGGAAUUCCUUUCCUUAUUGUCCGAGGCAAGUACAGGGAAAGCAAAGCAAAGCAAAUCUGCAUCUAGGAGGAACGUUCCCUUGUGAGGCAUGGGACUGGCUCCCCUGUGUCUCAUGGGGGCUCUGAGUUUCAAGGUCACACUGGCCUCCUGAGGCCUGGCUGAGGCGGCUGGGUUGGGAGUCAGGAGACCCCCAGUAGCCAUGAAGCUCCUCUGGGACAUUGCUAAAGGUCCUCUUUCUUGUGGGUGUCCUGGAAGAUCCCAACAAACUGCACUUUGAAGAAGAGAGGCUGAGAGGGCCUCCAGCCGCCUGCGUUCUCCACAGCUGUGGCCCCACAGCCUGCAGUGACCGUGGAGGGCAGGCGCCAUCCGCCUCGGCUGCUGAGUCUUGGCUCCUGUGGUCCCACAAAGACCCUGUGGGGGCCACCCAGUUGUCACCUGGACUCAUCUUGGGUUUUCCUUCCCUUUCCACCCUAAGCUCAAGGUAUUUUUUUCCUGUUUUUUUUUCACUCUAACUUGGGGAAGAAGGAAGAUCCUUUAUGGGGGGAAAAAAAAAACAAAAACAAACUUUGAACGUCCUGCAACUUGAGUUUUAAGCUUUCAGAAAUAUUCAGUGCUUCUGGCCCGCUCAGACCUCUGCCUGGGCUGCGGAGUUCCUCCUGUUGACUCCUUCUCCCUGUGCACACACCACAAAAGCUCUCGGUGGCCCAGCCACCCCUGAAAGCAGUGCUGGUAGCCAGAUGCCGCCCAGGUCCCCUCCCGAGCCGAGGGUGGCACCCCGCCCAGCGCACAUGCAUUCUCCUGUGGGAACUCAGGGGCAUGUGGUGAGCAGGCUCCUGUCAGUUGAGGCGGGGGCUCCUGGCCCAUCUUUGCUCUCCUCUCAGGCUGCCCAGCUCCCGGCGGCACAUGGUGGCCUGGCAAGGCUGACUUGGCCUCCUCAGUUCUCCACCCAUCCACAGAUCGUCGCCUUCCCUAGCCACCUCUCUAUGGCCACCAACAUCUGCGGAGCAUCACAGACAGUGGUUCUGAGCUGGGGUUUACAAAUUUAACCCAACACAGAGUGAAUUCAAAUUUGCUUUUGGAACUCCCUUUAUCUCCAAUUAAGUGCAAGUAUAUUUACACUAUGUGAUAUUUAAAGGACUUCUCCAAUGACUGGGAGGUACUGAACCAAGAUGUUUGUAAAGAAACAGUGGGGUGAGGUGGUUAGUAGAGUAUAACGUCCUGGCCAUUUCUUUUCCUUCAGGUGAGUAAGCGCUCCUUCAGCAGAAAGGCUGCAGGUUGCUGGCUGUGCUCUGUGGACUGGGCCAGUAGGUGUGGCCCAGGUCCAGGUCCUGGCACCUUUGCUGGGUGCCCAGCCUGAGACGACACGUGCCAUCCUGGAGAGAAGCAGAGAGGGUGCUGUCUCCGGGCGUUCCUCAGACAGCCUGGGCCUGGCUCGCUGAGCCAGCUGGAGGAGGGGAUCUCCUGACUGGGGCUUGGGGCCAGAUCUACUGCAGAGAGGCAAUAACUCUGUCUAAAGAGAAAACUUGUCCAGUGUGAUUACAAAAACAGGAAAAGGCUCCAAGCUAGGAAGUGAUAUUUGAGGUGUGGAGAACAUUCUCACCUGAUGGAAGCAUCCUGCUCCUGGACAGGAGAAGCUGGUGCAAGCCCGAGGUCACGUGUGUCUCAGUUGUUUUGGACCCUCUGUAGCUUUUACACUCAUAAAAUAUUACAGUUGCCCCUUUCAUAUUUGGGUCAUUCAAAGAGCCCACCUCACUCCAGGCUCCUGCUCACUAUGCACAGCAUCUCAGAAGAUGGCGCACAAAACUCUUUUUCUAACUGUAACACAGGUAAUAUGGGGUGGGGAGGCUUGGGAUAUACCUAAACGUGGCACAUGACUUGUAUUCCACCUUGAGGGAUGAAAAGGAAACUAUGCACUUGAAUGUUAAUUAAAAUUUUAAUUUAAUUCAUUGGAUAGCUUGUGCCAGAAAGAACAGUCAAUAUUCAAGAAGCAACACUGGUGAUUAGCUCAGUUUGGGCCUCCCUGUACGGGGAGUUUCCUUGUCUGGAACGCAAACACCUACAAGUAGAGUGUGAGCUGGUUCUUGACAAUCAGAUCUCAUCAGCCCUUUGAAACGUUCUGGGCAGCGCAGCUCCUCGGUCUGCAUGGUUGGUGUAAGUAUAAUCAAGUAGUGAAAUUGUAUGGUAUACACCUACAUGCCAACAGUGUACACCUGUAUGUGCAGAAUUUGCUAAUAUAACCAUUUCAAUAAAAACCGACUGAAAAAGCUGA